AUGCGGAAGCGUCGUAUUACAAUAGGGAGAAGUAGCACUAAGGGUUCGAAUGACGUCGACGUUGGGUUCUCUUCCUUUAUAUCCAGACAACACUUGGAGAUAAUUUGGGGCUACAACAGGCUUAAGCUCAAAUGUCACGGAAAGAAUGGCAUAUUUCUUAACGAUGCCUUCAAGUCUCAUGGUGCAAUUUGGUACGAUCUCCCACCAAAGUUCCCUAGUACAGCAAUAAAGGUCAUGAUUGAACAACUUCGGGGUUUCUAUAGAUCGUUCGUUAAAGAUGUCCGCAAAUCCAUGCAUUUGAAGACGGAAGGCUUAUUUCGCACCAAAAGGCGUGUGAACAAAAAAGCCACUAAGGAUAAAAUAAUUAAAGCAAGCUGCCAAGAUUGCUCGUUUGACGACGAUAUUCCGAGCUUGGUUGCUUCGCAUGAUGAUUUCAUUCAAUCUUCCUUUGUCUCUCCAAACGAAUCUGUCUUCCAGUCCCGGAGUAGGGCCCGCCGUAAGCAGCAUUUGGCUCCAACAGCUAAAAAAAUUUCCAAUUUUUCUUUAAAGGAAUUAAGCUUUGCCUCACUUGAAAACACAAAGGAAUGUUCACAUAAUGGUGACACCUCAGAAUCCUCGUAA